CUACAACAACAUAUAACAACAACAACUUUUUUAGUUUUAUAAAUGAGAAGAGAACAGAAUCAAACAGCUUGUCCCUAAACUAAACAAUUACCCCUCACUAUUUAUAGCCUUAAGAACAUUUUUGGCUGCUGGGGGACUUUAUUUGAACGUCUCCGCUCUGAACUUUUUUUCAGUUUCACUUUCAUCAGUUUUUGUGUCGCUGCAAGAAUUCCUGUAGCCAGGUUUUCACACCCAGCAGCUGGCUUCCAGUUGAAUUAGUCUCUGGUAAUGUUUGCAGCAGACAUCAUGGCGACUGCUGCAAUAGAUGACGUGCCUCCUCUGAAGCGCAGUAGCAGCUAUGAGAUACUGCCACCUCACAUGUCUGAGCUGAGGGUUGUUCUGCUGGGGAACAGCUGGUCUGAGAGGAAUUCAGUGGGGAACUUGAUACUGGGAGAGACUGUGUUCAACAAAGCACCUGAAUGUUGUUUGAAAAUCAGUGGACCGUUGCAGGAGAAAAAAGUAGUUGUCUUCAACACUCCAGAUCUGCUGCAUCCCAACAUCUCUCAACACGAACUGACAGAACAUGUAGAAAACUGUGUGAGAAACUCUGCUCCUGGACCUCAUGUGUUCCUGCUGGUUCUACAGCCUGAAGGCUUCACUGAAGAACACAAACUGAGACUCUGCAGAGUCCUUAAACUCUUCAGUGAUCAAUCAUUUGAUCAUUCAUUGGUGCUGAUCUCACCACCCAGAGAGGAGAGUUCAGCUUCCAUGGAAACAUACAUGGAACACCCUCCAUUAAAAGACCUGAUCAGAAAAUGUAGGUACAGAUACUUGAAGAAGAAGAACCUUGAUCAUUCAGAGCUGUUAACACGCUUGAGUCAAACUGCAAAGGAGAACAACGGAAAGCACGUGACCUAUGAACCAUUUGAGGAUGCAACAUCUACUUUACCAGUUGAUCAUCAAAGCCCAAAACAGAAGGUUUCUAUCAUAGAAACUGUUAAAACCGCUGGGAUUACAGGGAUUACAGCGAAAUUCACGCAACUCUUUAAGAAAAACCCUGUGACUCACACAUCUGCAUUUAGGAUUGUGCUGCUGGGAAAAAGCGAGGACAAACAGACAAAAAUUGGUAACUUGAUCAUCGGUAACCAAAUUUUUCAUUACCAAAAAACUUCCCCAACCAGGCAAUGUGUGGCAACCUGUGGAGAGUGGAGAGGAAAACCAUUAACGGUUGUGAAAACUCCAGACAUGUUCAGUCUGUCUGAGGGAGACCUGAGAAGAGAGGUGAAAAACUGUGUGACUCUUUGUCCUCCUGGACCAAAUGUUCUGCUGCUGUUAGUGAAGCCUUCUGAAUUCACAGAGGAGAACAGACAAACACUGAAGUUCAUCCUGAGUUUGUUUGGUCAAGAUGCCUUUGAGUACUCAAUGAUUGUUGUGACACAUCAGUGGAAAGAAAUGAGAGUCCCUGUUAAUGAACUCCUUAAAGACUGUGGCGGAAGACACUACAGCAUGUCUGAAGAAAACCGUGGAUCAUUAAUGGAGAAGAUUGAAGAAACAGCAAAUAAAAACAACAAAACCCCACCGCCUGUGUCUGAACACAUCAAACCAGCUUUGAACCUGGUUCUCUGUGGGAGGAGAGGAGCAGGGAAGACUUCAGCAGCCAAGGCCAUUUUAGGUCAGACAGAGUUAGUGUCCAACUCAUCAGAGUGUGUUAAACAUCAGGGAGAGGUGUGUGGACGUUGGGUUUCCCUGGUGGAGCUGCCUGCCUUGUAUACAAACCCUCAGGAGGCAGUGAUGGAGGAAUCCUUCAGGUGUAUCUCCCUCUGUGAUCCUGAGGGAGUUCAUGCUUUCAUCCUGGUCCUACCUGUGGCUCCCCUCACUGAUGAAGACAAGGGAGAGUUAGAGGCCAUCCAGAACACAUUCAGCUCUGCAGUCAAUGACUUCACUAUGAUCCUGUUCACAGUGGAGUCAGAUCCUACAGCUCCAGCUGUUGUUAACUUUCUAGAGGAUAAGGACAUCCAGGAGUUCUCUAAGAGCUGUAGAGGAAGAAAUGUUCUCAAUAUCAACGACAAGCAGCAGAUCCCAGAGCUGUUGGAUGGUGUGGAAAAGAUGAGAGUCACUGAGUCCAGAUUCUUCACAAAGGACAUGUUCACCAAGGCUCAGAUGAAGAAGGUUGCGAGACUGAAAGCUGAACUGCAGGAUGUUAAAAAGAAGAGUGAGGUGGAAGGUGAUGAUAAACAUCAGAGCAGAGAGUGUCUCAGGAUGGUGCUGAUUGGGAAGACUGGCAAUGGGAAGAGUGCAACUGGAAACACCAUUCUGGGCAAAGAACAUUUUAUAUCUAAAAGCUGCCCAAUAUCUGUCACUAAGUUUUGCGAGAAAGCAACAGGAGAGAUUGAUGGACAACCUGUUGCUGUGGUCGACACUCCCGGCUUGUUCGACACGACUCUGUCCAAUGAUGAGAUUCAACAGGAGCUUCUGAAAUGCAUCAGCAUGUUGUCUCCUGGACCUCAUGUGUUCUUACUGGUGCUGCAGAUUGGUCGCAUUACAAAGGAGGAAAAAGACUCUGUGGAACUGAUCAAGAAAUAUUUUGGUAAGAAAUCAGGAGACUUCAUCAUCAUUAUAUUCACCAGAGGAGAUGAUCUCAGUCAGUCAAUUGAGAGUUAUAUAGAAUACUGUGACUUUUUGAAAAAACUGGUACGUGACUGUGGAGGAAGAUACCAGGUCUUCAAUAAUAAGGUUGAGAAUGAUAACACACAAGUCAGAGAGCUGCUGAAGAAGUCCAACAAAAUGCUGAAGGAAAAUGGAGGCAACUGCUACACCUCAGAGAUGUUCCAAGAGGCCGAGGAAGCCAUACAGAAGGAAGUGGAGAAGAUCCUGAAGGAGAAAGAAGAAGAAAUGCAGAGACAGAGGGGGGAGCUUCAAAGAAAACACAAGGAGGAAAUGGAAGCAGUGAAGAGCAGAAUGGAACAAGAGAAAGCAGAUAUUGAACAUGAGAGAGCCAAACAACUUGAAGAAAUGGAGGAAAACAUCAACAAGGAGCGCGAGGAGAGAAAGAAAGAACAGGAAAUGAGAGAAGAAGAAGACAGGACAAAGAGAAAGCAGGAACAACUUCAACGACAGAAGUGGGAGCAAACAAUUGCAGUUCUUAAGUCAGAAUCAGAAGAAAAGUUGGAGCAGAGUAAAGAAGAGAUGAGAAGGAGACGAGAGGACUGGGAAAAGGAAAGAGAGGAAUGGUGGGACAAACGAAAUCAAGAAAAUGAACAGAAACGACAUGAGGAGCAAACAAGACUUAAAAAACUCCAAGAAGAAUAUGAGGAGGAAAUGGAAGCAGUGAAGAGAAGAAUGGACCAAGAGAAAGCAGAUAUUGAACAUAAGAGAGCAAAACAACUUGAAGAAAUGGAGGAAAACAUCAACAAGGAGCGCAAUGAGAGAAAGAAAGAACAGGAAAUGAGAGAAGAAGAAGACAAGAAGAAGAGAAGGCAGGAAGAACUUCAACAACAGAAGUGGGAGCAAACACUCAGAGCUCUUAAGUCAGAAUCAGAAGAAAAGUUGGAGCAGAGUAAAGAAGAGAUGAGAAGGAAACGAGAGGAAUGGGAAAAGGAAAGAGAGGAAUGGUGGGACAAAAGAAAUCAAGAAAAUGAACAGAAACGACAUGAGGAGCAAACAAGACUUAAAAAACUCCAAGAAGAAUAUGAGCAGGAAAGAGAAAAAUAUGAAAAGAAAAGAAAAGAAGAUCAAAACAGAAGAGAACAGGAGGAAAAGGAGAGAAAAGAAUGGGAGGAAAUGGAAGCAGUGCAGAGAAGAAGAAUGGAACAAGAGAAAGCAGAUAUUGAACAUGAGAGCGCCAAACAACUUGAAGAAAUGGAGGAAAAAAUCAACAAGGAGCGUGAGGAGAGAAAAAAAGAGGACAGGGAGAAGAGAAAGCAGGAAGAACUUCAACUACAGGAGUGGGAGCAAACACUCGGAGCUCUUAAGUCAGAAUCAGAAGAAAAGUUGGAGCAGAGUAAAGAAGAGAUGAGAAGGAAACGAGAGGAAUGGGAAAAGGAAAGAGAGGAAUUGUGGCACAAACGAAAUCAAGAAAAUGAACAGAAACGACAUGAGGAGCAAACAAGACUUAAAAAACUCCAAGAAGAAUAUGAGCAGGAAAGAGAAAAAUAUGAAAAGAAAAGAAAAGAAGAAGAUCAAAACAGAAGAGAACAGGAGGAAAAGGAGAGAAAAAAAUGUGAGGAAACCUAUAAGAAACAACUGGAGGACAUGAAGAAGAAAUAUGAAGAGGAGGCCAGAAAACAAGCUGAAGAGUUCAAUGAGUUCAGACAGAAAUACACCAAGGACUUCACAGCGUUGGUCGAGAGGCACAUGGAGGAAAUACAGGACAUGAAGCAAAGACAUGAGAGACAAAUACAAGAGUCAGCAGAGAGGCAUGGCCAAGAGUACAAGCAGUUAGAAGACCUCUCAAGUCACAAAGAAAAAACACUGAAAGGAGAAAUGAAGAACUUGAGUGCAAAGCAUAAACAGGAAAUCAACGACUGGAAAAAAAAAUACAAUGAAAAAUCUUUGAUCGAAUGUAACAUCUUUUGACCUCCCCACAGACUCUUGAUCAUUAUGAUGUUAAAGGUGCCCUGCCACACAAAACCGUUUUUACUUGUAUUUUUUUUUAAAUAUGUUAGGUCCAUAUGUGUUUGUGUUAUGUCGUGAACGUGAAAAUGAACUGCUACCUCCUCUGUCAG